AGUAGGUUAGCAGGGUAGAGUGAGAGGAGAGGGAGGACGACGACGUUUCAUACCGCGCCAUAACACACGACGAAAGCGACUUUCAUUUUUUUGGACCCGAAGCGCAACAACAGAAGACCUUAAGAGACGCGAAUUUACUUUGUGGAUCUUUCUUCUAUUUUAUUUUCCUAAUAAUGCUCACAGUCGGAGGUGAAAAGUUUCAUUCGGGUAGCUGUCUUAUGUUAGUUAUGUUAUGUUAGUGCGAACAAUAUUGCUCCGCACCCAGUGAACUUUGGAAAAUCAAGAAACAGCGAUCAAAAUGAGAGCUCAAAUUGAGGUUAUACCAUGCAAGAUCUGUGGCGACAAAUCCUCUGGGAUUCACUAUGGCGUUAUUACAUGUGAAGGGUGCAAGGGUUUUUUCCGACGCAGCCAGCAGAACAAUGCCAUGUACUCGUGUUCGCGGCAGAGGAACUGUCUGAUCGAUCGAACCAACAGGAACCGCUGCCAACACUGUCGCCUGCAGAAGUGCCUGGCGCUCGGCAUGAGCCGUGAUGCGGUGAAGUUUGGCCGAAUGUCAAAGAAACAGCGGGACAGCCUGUACGCGGAGGUGCAGCGGCACCAGCAGCUGUCUCAGGAGUGCCUGGUGGGUUUGGGUGGUGGUCUGGCAUCACGUGACCGGGAAGAGACGGGUGAAGACAGUGCGCACAGCCGGCCGUACAGCAGCGGAGGCUCCAGCGCCACCCUCAGUGACCUGGAUGACAUCGCCACGCUGCCCGACGGUUUGCUGUUCGACCUGCCUCUCACCCCAGAGGAGGCGAGCGAGUACUGCACUCUGGAGAUGCUCGGGGGCGGCGGAGGGUCUGGGAGUGCCGGAAGCGGAAGUUGGUCCAAUCAGAGCUCUCCAGAGCCCAGCACUGUAGAUUGGACGGAAGCAGCGAGGGUGAAGCAUGAGUAUAUCCUGCCUGAAAACAGUCUUCUUACCCACUCUCUCCUGGGAUCUCUACCAGACAACUGCUCUCUUCACGACAUAGAGCGAAUCACUCAAAAUGUUGUGAAGUCUCACCUGGAGACGUGUCAGUACAGCACAGAAGAGCUGAAGAAACUUACCUGGAAUGUCUACACACCUGAAGAAACACACAGCUUUCAGCUCAAGUCUGCAGAGUGGAUGUGGCAGCAGUGCGCCCUGCACAUUACAAACGCCAUCCAGUAUGUUGUUGAGUUCGCAAAGCGCAUCUCUGGAUUCAUGGACCUCUGCCAGAAUGACCAGAUCAUCCUGCUCAAAGCAGGAUGUCUGGAAAUCCUGCUGAUCCGAAUGUGCCGUGCUUACAACUCUUCAAACAAUACUAUGUUUUUUGAUGGAAAGUUCGCCAGUCCUCAGCUCUUCAAAGCUCUCGGGUGUGCUGACCUAGUGAACGCCGUCUUUGAGUUGGCUAAAAGUCUGAGUCGACUUCAACUGAGUGAUGAGGAAAUGGCUUUAUUCAGCGCUGCGGUCCUGCUGGCUCCAGAUCGGCCGUGGUUGACAGAAUCUCAUCAAGUGCAGAAGCUCCAGGAGAAAGUUUACGUGGCUCUUCAGCACAGCCUGCACAUGAACGGAGCCACUACUGAGAAACUGGAUAAGAUGGUGUCCAAACUACCGCAGAUGAAGUCCAUCUGUAACCUGCAUAUUGACAAGCUGGAUUUCUUCCGCCUGGUUCACCCGGAAACAGCCUACAGCUUCCCGCCUCUGUACAGGGAAGUGUUCGGCAGCGAGAUCAACUUCCCUGACUCCACCAACAGUUAUUGGGGGGGGGGUGGUGGUGGGGGGGAUGAUGGAGGGUGUUGAGGGGAAAUCACGAGCGAGUGUUAAAGCAAGAGAGGCCAUUAUAUGUAAAAUCAGCAUUUCAUACAAACACAUUUAAAAACCUCCAGGGAGAAUCCUCAGUCUGUUGCAGCACUGUUAGCAUGCA